ACAAUGAGAUUGAAAUGAUUUUAUUUGUGCCUGCAAAUUCUGAUGAGAGAGAUUCAGAGACUCAGGCUGUUUUUGAAAAAGACAGUUUUUAUUCGGUUGGUGGUAAGAUUGUACCUGGAUUUUAUGAAGGCAAUAAGCGGCCGAAGAUGACUGUUUCUAUUUCAACUUGUGUGACUAUUAAUAAGGUCGCCAAUUCAAAUAAAUGUCCAUUGAAAAUUUCUAUGGUAGGGAUUCCUCAAGAGUCACCACGGGUAAUUGCGAAUGAUGAAAACGCUAUUUUUAACAUGUUAAUAAAUGAUUAUGCUGGGCAGGAGUAUAAUUUUGUUGUUAAGGUUGUUUUUCUACAUUUGAAUUCGCGACUUUCACAUUUAAAGACUACAAUUCGUCCGCAAGAGUCAUUUGUUUUUGUUGUUGGGCAGUUAGAAGUCAUUGAUAAUGACUUUUAUAUUUAUGCGAAAGAUAUCAAUUUUAUCAAUAUUCAUUUGUUAUCUAAGCAGAAAGUCUCUGAUAAUAGCAGUACUCGUAAUUCAUCUGAAGUUAUUAACACUACUCGAUCAAAACUUCUUUCUACUCAUCGGAAUUUGGUUGGAAAUACGAAAGCAACUUCUGAAGUUGAAACAUCUCUUAUUGCAUCGAAUGAACCGUCGGAUAAAUCUGAAUCUAGUUUACUUUUGUCGAAGAAUGUUUUUUCUUCGAAUUAUUCAGAAUCUGAAUAUUUUGAUGAAUCUGCAGACCUUAAUGGUGAUUUGCAUUUAGAUGAAUAUGUCAAAGUAGAUGGGUCUAUUCAAAGUGAUGGUACUGAAGAAGUACAAACAAAAAAAAGACGUCGAAAGAAUCCUGGUCGUAGUGGUAAAAAACGAUAA